CUGUGAACACAACCGAACAGUGUUAACUUUAAAUUCCCAGAAAUACUAUGUUCAAUCCAUCAAUUACAGCAACUACACUAUCCGUGUGGUUGAUCCCAAUGUACAAGAAAACAACAUAUGCUCCUUCCCCAAAUUCGAUUUAGCUCAGUACAGUUUUUUUGGAUACCGUUCUCCAUAUGACAUCGCAACCGCAACAUAUGUGCCGAUUAUUUUCUUGAGGUGUCAGUUCCCAAUGAAGUCUUCUGCUUUAGUGGAAACCACUAAAGAGUGUUGGAAUAAUAAAAGCAGUGGUUCCGGGGUCUACACUUAUGCUAAGGUAGGCCGUCUUAAUGCAUCAGAUUUAAGAAUUUCAUGCCGGGUUGAGCUCAUGACUAUGACUUCCUUGCGAAUUCAAGAGAAGAAUGUAAGUAGCAGUCUAUUGGAAAUCCAUGAUGCUUUGAUGUAUGGAUUUGAGCUAUUCUGGUUCAACGCUGUUUGUUACGACUCUUGUCUGUUUAGACAUUUGUGUUACCUUGAUGACGUGAAACAUGAGGUUAAAUGCAACGGUGCUCGUACAUUACACGAAAUCAUGGAUGGUCUUGGGGGUGUGGCCAAACAUCUGGGAUUGAUAAUCUUUGGACCAAAGAUUGUAAUCGGAAUUCCAAGUGUAAUUGUAAUUCUAAUCAUCAAAUUGCGAAAAAGGCACCUGUCGGUGUUUGAUGCAAUAGAGAAUUUCCUCAGCGCCGAUUUUAAUCUCUUGCCCAUAAGAUACUCUUACAGACAUAUUAAGAAUAUGACAAAGGGCUUCAAGGAGAAGUUAGGUGAAGGGGGCUAUGGUUCUGUUUACAAAGGUAAACUUCGAAGCGGCAGCUAUGUUGCGGUGAAGAUAAUAAGCAAGUCAAAGUCUAAUGGCCAAGAUUUUAUCAAUGAAGUUGGAUCCAUGGGAAGGAUUCAUCAUGUUAACAUUGUUCGACUUGUCGGAUAUUGUGCACAAAACUCCAAGUGUGCUCUUGUGUAUGAUUUCAUGUCUAAUGGAUCUCUUGACAGGUAUGUUAACCAAGGAGCUAAUGCCUGUUUGUUGAAUUGGCAAAAAAAGUUUGAGAUUGCAGUGGGAGUAGCCCGUGGGAUUGAGUACUUACACCGGGGCUGCAACAUUCAAAUUUUGCACUUUGACAUCAAGCCUCACAAUAUUCUUUUGGAUGAUAAUUUCGUUCCAAAAAUCUCUGAUUUUGGUCUUGCAAAACAUUUUCCUGUUGAUAAAAGUAGUGUCACGCUUACAGCAGCCCGUGGAACAAUUGGGUAUGUAGCACCAGAGUUGGUCAACAGAAGCAUCGGGGCCAUUUCUCACAAGGCUGAUGUAUAUAGCUUUGGAAUGCUAUUAAUGGAAAUGCUAGGCCUAAAGAGAACACCAAUUAGUAAGCAAGACGAGUCGAGUCAAUAUUUCCCGUCUUGGAUUUACAAUGACAUCAACAAGGGCAAGAUAAUUGAGAUGGGAGAAGAAGAUGAGAAUGAGAAGAGAAUUACAGAGAAGAUGACCAUAGUUGGGCUUUGGUGCAUCCAAACAAGCCCAAUUGCGCGGCCUUCAAUGAGUAGAGUGGUUGAAAUGCUUGAAGGAGACGUUGAGCUGCUGCAAAUGCCAACGGACGCUUUCAUUACGGAGGGAGUUAUGGAAGUAGAUAAUGAACAGAGUUCCAUGCCAGAAUCAUCUGAAUCCAUACAAUUUUUGGCCAACUCUGCUAAUGCCCACAACAUUCGUAUAAUUGUGGAUUAAAGUAAUUGUGUAUGUAAUUAGAUGCUAUCUUUUAUAUUUAUAUAUACGCUGUGGCAUUGUCUUCAAUUACGUACCGUACCCGGCCCCCACGUCUUAUGUUGAUCGAUCAUAUUGCACUAUGUGGCAAUGUGGCAAUGUGACAAUGUUUCACUAUAUUAAUUGGGUAAGCAAUACAUAUGUCACUCCUGAUUCA